AUGGUAUCACUAUAUGAUGAAGGAACCCGUUGUUGGUAUCCUGAUAAAGAAUUAGGUUGGGUUGGAACAAUAGUAAAAUCAAAUAAAUUAGAAGGUAAAAAACAUAUUAUAAAAUUAGUGUUGGAAAAUGAUGAUUCAACCAUUUUCACAGUAGAAACAGAUAAUUUAUCAGAAGAUAAUGAUAAAUUACCACCCUUAAGAAAUCCUCCAAUUUUAGAAAGUACAGAAGAUUUAACAAGUUUAUCAUAUUUAAAUGAACCUGCAGUUUUACAAACCAUUAAAAUACGUUAUUCAUUAUUAAAUAUUUAUACUUAUUCAGGUAUAGUUUUAAUUGCAACAAAUCCAUUUCAAAGAGUUGAUCAUUUAUAUUCUCAAGAUAUUGUACAAAAUUAUUCAGGUAGACAAAGAACAGAAUCAGAUCCUCAUCUUUUUGCCAUUGCGGAAGAUGCUUAUAGAUGCAUGAAAGAAAAUGGAGCAAAUCAAACUAUAGUUGUAAGUGGUGAAUCAGGAGCCGGUAAAACUGUUUCUGCUAAAUACAUAAUGAGAUAUUUUGCAUCUGUUGAAGCUGAUGCACAACAAGCAAUUGGUCAUGAUCAUAAAGUUGAAAUGUCCGAUGUUGAAAAACAAAUACUAGCAACAAAUCCAAUUAUGGAAGCUUUUGGUAAUGCAAAAACUACAAGAAAUGAUAACUCAUCACGUUUUGGUAAAUACUUGGAAAUUUUAUUUGAUAAAGAAAUUUCAAUUAUUGGUGCAAGAAUAAGAACAUACUUGUUAGAAAGAUCAAGAUUAGUAUUUCAACCAUCUACUGAAAGAAAUUAUCAUAUUUUUUAUCAAAUUUUAGCAGGUAUGAAUUCUGAUGAAAAAAAAUUAUUAGGAUUAAAAAAUGCCGAAGAUUAUAAAUAUACAAAUCAAGGUGGUAUGCCUCAAAUUAGUGGGGUGGAUGAUGCUAAAGAAUUUCAAAUUACUAAAGAUGCAUUAUCUUUAAUUGGGGUUGAUGAUUUAAAACAAAUGGAAAUCUAUAAAAUAUUAGCUGCUCUUUUACAUCUUGGUAAUAUUGAUAUAGCAGCUACUAAAAACGAUGCACAUUUAUCAAGUGACGAACCAAAUUUAGUCAAAGCUUGUGAAUUAUUGGGUAUAGAUGCAAAUAACUUUGCCAAAUGGUGUAUUAAGAAACAAAUCACAACUAGAUCUGAAAAAAUUGUAAGUAACUUAAAUCAUAAACAAGCUAUCGUUGCUAGAGAUUCAUUUGCAAAAUACAUAUAUUCAGCAUUAUUUGACUGGUUAGUUGAUUACGUAAAUACAGAUUUAUGUCCAGAAUCUGUUGCAUCUCAGAUCAAAUCAUUUAUUGGUGUUUUGGAUAUUUAUGGGUUUGAACAUUUUGAAAAAAAUUCAUUUGAACAGUUUUGUAUUAAUUAUGCUAAUGAAAAAUUACAACAAGAAUUCAAUCAACAUGUAUUCAAACUAGAGCAAGAAGAAUAUAUAAAGGAGCAAAUUGAAUGGUCAUUUAUUGAUUUUGCAGAUAAUCAACCAUGUAUAGAUUUAAUUGAAAAUAGAAUGGGUAUAUUAGCAUUAUUAGAUGAAGAAUCAAGAUUACCAGCGGGUAAUGAUCAAUCAUGGAUUGAAAAAAUGUAUCAAAAUUUGGAUAAACCACCAACUAAUAAAGUUUUCCAAAAACCAAGAUUUGGUCAGUCUAAGUUUGUGGUUAACCAUUAUGCAUUAGACGUUACUUAUGAUAUGGAUGGAUUUAUCGAGAAAAAUAGAGAUACUGUUGGUGAAGGUCAUUUAGAUGUUAUGAAAAAUACCAAAAAUGAAUUGCUUAAAGAUAUACUUAGUAUUAUUGAUAAAAAUGCUAGUGCAUUAGAAGCAAAUAAAGCACCAACUAAAGGUAAAAUGAUGAAUAAAAAACCAACUUUAGGAUCAAUGUUCAAGAAUUCAUUAAUAGAAUUAAUGAAAACUAUAAAUUCAACGAAUGUUCAUUAUAUAAGAUGUAUUAAACCAAAUGAAGAGAAAAAAGCUUGGGAAUUUGAUUCAUUAAUGGUGCUAUCACAAUUAAGAGCUUGUGGUGUUCUUGAGACUAUAAGGAUUUCAUGUGCAGGUUUCCCUUCAAGAUGGACAUAUGUUGAGUUUGCUGACAGGUAUCAUAUUUUAGUACCUUCAAAAGAUUGGAUUAAAGUAAUGAGUGGUGAAACAACUCAAGAAUCAGUUACUGGUUUAUGUAAUCAAAUUUUGCAGACAAACACUGAAAAUAAAGAGAAAUAUCAAUUAGGAAAUACUAAAAUCUUUUUUAAAGCUGGUAUGUUGGCUCAUUUUGAAAAAUUAAGAACUGAUAAAUUAUAUAGAUCAGCAGUUAUGAUUCAAAAGAAUAUGAGAAAACGUUUCUAUAGACAAAAAUAUCUUGAAGUUAGACAAUCUCAUAUUGCAUUACAAAGUAUAAUACGUGGUUUUGAAAGAAGAAGAUAUAUUAAAGAAGAAAAAGAAAAAGCAGCAGCAACAUUAUUACAAACUUCAAUAAGAGGACAUUUAGCAAGAAAACAAUACCAAAAUACACUCAAAUCAGUUGUUACAUUACAAAAAUCAAUCAGAGGUUUACAAGCAAGAAAGAAUUACAAAUCAUUACGUACUGAAAAAUCUGCAACAACAAUUCAAAAAUCUUGGAAAGGUUAUCAACAAAGAAAAGAAUUUAACAAAACCAAGAAAUCAGCUGUAGUUAUACAAUCUGCAUUCAGAAGACAAUACGCUUAUCGUGAAUUGAAAGCAUUGAAAGCUGAUGCUAAAUCAGUCAAUAAAUUAAAAGAAGUAUCAUAUCAAUUAGAAAAUAAAGUUAUAGACUUAACUCAAUCAUUAACAUCCAAAAUUCAAGAUAAUAAAAAAUUGAUGGAAGAGAUAACAAACCUAAAAGAUUUAUUAUCUCAACAAGGUCAAGUAAAAGAAACAUUGAAAUCAAGAGAAUUAGAAUUUAAUGAAAAAUUUGAUUCAACAAAACUCGAACAUCAAGAAGAAGUUGAAAAUUUGAAUCGUGAACUAGCGACUAUAAAAUCAGAUUAUUCAUCAGCUGAAGAGAAAAUAAGACAAUUAAUUAAAGAACAAACAGAAUUAAAAGAAGAAGUACAACGUACAAUUGAAGAAUUAAAUAACGCUAAAUCGGAUCUUGUAAAACGUGAUACUAUAGAAGUUGACCUUAAAUCUCAUAUUGAACAAUUGAAAUCAGAGUUAGCACAAUUACAUAAUCCCAAAAGUCGGAAUACGAGUAAACGUCACAGCAGUGCGUUGGCAUGGAAUUCACCUAAUUCCAUUGAUAAUCCUAGGCCAGUAUCGGUUAUUGCCAUUUCAAAUGAUGAUGAUGCUAACAUUGAUGAUAUUAAUGAUGAGUUAUUUAAAUUAUUAAGAGAUUCAAGACAAUUACAUCGUGAAAUUGUUGAAGGUUUAUUAAAAGGUUUAAAAAUCCCACCAGCUGGUGUUGCAGCAGAUUUAACAAGAAAAGAAGUAUUAUUCCCAUCAAGAAUUAUAAUUAUAAUAUUAUCAGAUAUGUGGAGAUUAGGAUUGACUAAAGAAAGUGAAGAUUUCCUUGGUGAAGUACUUUCUUCAAUACAAAAUCUUGUUUCUGUAUUAAAAGAUGAGGAUGUUAUUCCCCAUGGUGCAUUUUGGUUAUCUAAUACACAUGAAUUGUAUUCAUUUGUUUCAUAUGCUGAACAAACUAUAAUUGCAAAUGAUACAUUAUCCCAUGAAAUGAGUGAAGAAGAAUUUACAGAAUAUUUGAAAUUGGUGGCAGUUGUUAAAGAAGAUUUUGAAUCACUUUCUUAUAAUAUUUAUAAUAUGUGGAUGAAGAAAAUGCAAAAAGAUUUGGAAAAGAAAGCUGUUUCAGCAGUUGUAUUAUCACAAUCAUUACCUGGAUUUAUGGCUCCAGAAAAUUCACCAUUCUUAAGUAAAGUAUUUUCAGCAAGUGCUACAUACAAAAUGGAUGAUAUUUUAUCUACUUUUAAUACAUUAUACUGGUCAAUGAAAAGUUACUAUUUAGAAGCUGAUGUUAUUGUGAGAGUUAUUACAGAAAUGUUAAGAUUCAUAGAUGCAUUAUGUUUUAAUGAUUUGAUAUUAAGACGUAAUUUCUUAUCAUGGAAAAGAGGAUUACAACUCAACUACAAUGUCACAAGAUUAGAAGAAUGGUGUAAAUCUCAUGAUAUAGAAGAAGGUUCAGCAUGUCUUAUACAUUUAUUACAAGCAGCAAAACUUUUACAAUUAAGAAAAAACACAGCUGAGGAUAUUGAAAUCAUAUAUGAAAUAUGUUAUGCAUUAAAUCCAGCACAAAUUCAUAAAACAAUAAGUGCAUAUACAGCAGCAGAAUAUGAAACACCAGUAGCACCAGCAGUUAUGAAAUUAGUUGCAGAAAAAACCAAAGAAAGUUCAAGUGAUGAUUUAUUCUUAACUAUGUCAACAGAUGGUCAUUUCGAAGAUCCUUUUAGAGAAAUUGAAUUAAGACCUUUUUCAAGAGUUGAAGCUUAUGUUCCCGCAUGGUUGAAUUUACCUGUAAUUAGAAGAAUUGUUGAAUUAGUUGCCAAGAAUGCUUCAGUUCAAGAAUCAUCAUCUCAUCAUCUUAAUAAUCAUGAAAAUGGUCUGUAUGUAAACAAUAAAUAA